AUGUCUACAAUAGAGGUAUCAAAUGUGAUGUCACAGCCCGAGCCUAGUCAGAUAGUCUCCGCAAAAAGGCGCGUUUCUUCGGCUUUAGAUAAAAUAUUUAGAAAGAAAUCUUCGAUUGGUUUCUCUUCUACAGCAUUCACGAGUAGCAUUCCACAUACACAUAUUGACGCCCUCACAGACGAUGACCUGCUUACUGGCCAUAGCAAUGGAUCGGAUAGUGGUCCGGAUGACGACGCAAUGACAUUGUGGUCAAGUAUGGAGGGAAAUACAUAUAUCCAUUCAAUGUUUGGUAAUCAGCCUCAUCUAAACAAUUUGUCACCGGAAUUAGUUUGGGUGUUCUCCUAUAAAAGAAAAUUCGGUUGCCUUGGUGACGCGAGUGACGUUAUGUACAUUGGCGACGGAAGGAGUCUUGUCGUCGACAUGAUAGGUAACCGUGUGCUACAUUUUGACAAACGUGGAAUUUCAUCAAUUGCUUACAGCACUGAAGACAUGAUUGAACCAUGGGCUGUGGCGGUCAACACAGAGGACGUGAUUCACGUUACUGCGAGGAAAACUAAAUGUGUAACGAGAUUUUUAAAGAAUGGAGAAAGUAUAACACCAAUCAAAAACGUGAAUUUUACGACACCCUCUGGGGUAGCUAUUGGUAAGAAUGACCAAAUGUUUGUGUCUGAUGUAACAACAAAUCUGCUAACUGCUCAUGAGACGGAUGGCACGUUUAUCUCGACCAUUGGCAGCAGUAUGUCCCCCAUUCAACAUCUGGACAGGCCCAGGUACGUUACCGUCGACAAUAGCAAUAACAUCAUUGUAAGUGAUUCAGGAAAUCAUUCUAUCAAGGUGUUUGAUUCAGAAGGUAACUUUGUACACAAAAUUGGUGAGCGCGGAAAAGGUGAAGGACAGUUAAAAUUCCCGUAUGGUGUAUGUACGGACACUUCAGACAACAUUAUUGUUGCCGAUCAUUACAACGAUCGAGUGUCUUUCUUUUCCAAGUCUGGGCAAUUCAUACGCCAUCUUGUGACGUCACUAGAUGGAUUGAAUCAUCCGCAAGGCGUAUAUUUGACGUCAAAUUUUAGACUACUCGUGACCCACGGGGGACUCAAAGCGCACGAAGUCCUGGUGUACGAUCUGAGAAGUAGCCAGUUAUCGGAAAAGGAAGUGUUUGUGUAG